AGGAACCACUCUAAUUGUGCCACAUACAAUUUCUUAAAUCUAUAUUAAUUUUAUGGCUGCAGCCACCAUUUUUAGUCUUGGUCCAACCCAACGGCAACUGUUACUAUGUUCUCACGAUGGUCUUCAUUUUCCUCAACAAACCGCCACGGGGAAUCGUCAAAUCACCAAAAAGAAGAGCGCAAGCAUCGCUCCAAGCACCACGAUUCUACCCGGGAAAAAAGAAGAAGGAUAGACGUCAUUGACCUUGACGAACCCAUCUCAGGUCGGGAGCUCCUCAGCAUCAGCGUAAAGGAGUCGUGGGGGUUAAGCCAUGUUGCGGAUACUUUAAGGAAGCAAUAUCUGGACGGAGAGCAAAAAGGCGCCCAAAUACAGUUCUUUUGGGGCGAUAAGAGGCUAGACGGAGACGAGAUUCCUAAAGGGGCAUCACCUCUGCAGUACCGGUUACUAGAAGAGGGGGAUAACGGCGCGCUACGGGUCAGCUGGAGAAGACCAAAGUCAAAGCUUCGCAAACAUCAAAUAGAAAUUAUUGAGCAGGAAAUCGAAGCGGGGCGCUCCAUAGGCAGCAUCCGAGAGACCAUCGCCAACUUUCUACGACCCCCUAGUGAAAGUAGGGGCCACCUGGUGGUAAAUGCGAACCAAAUCGUCAUCCAUGCGGUUGGAGGUUUAAGGGAGGGGCCGUUACAGGGCAACAGCUGGGAAGCGCGCAAGGUACAGACAUGGCUCUGUCGCCACCUGGUCUUCGAUAUAGUACCGGUCGACGCAUAUUUCGUCCUACGCGGUUUUAAUGAGGAGUACGUCUGCCAGAAACCGUACCACACUCCCCAUGGUUAUGCGGAUGUGCACAAACUCAAGCAGUGGCUAAGAGACAAGGUUCUGACUUCGAUCUAUACCCGAGCAUCGCGCCAUCGUACCAUCGACGUUGAGGAUAUCAAGUUGACGUAUCGCGGCAAGCCGGUCAAGAAGCGCAACCACAUCCGUCCCGGCGAGACUAUCGACUUCGACGUGCCCCGUGUCGUGGAGGAUAGGUUUAUUCGCGCGGAGGCCUGGCUGGUUCCUCUAACGGAUACGUGCAUCGUAUGCAGUGACGACAAGAGAGUCUCCGAGAUGCCCAACAGGCGCAGGAUCACCAUGUCCUGCGAACACGACUCUACCAUAUGCAAGGAAUGCGUCGGAGCUUGGAUAGCUUCGAGCAUGGACACAGUUACGUGGGAUCGUCUGAAAUGCCCCGAGUGCCCCCAGCUUCUCAAAUACGAGAACGUCCGGGCCUUCGCCACCCGAGAAGUAUUUGAGAGAUACGACAAGUUGGCGGUAAAAGCGUUUCUUUCCAACAUCCCCGAUUUCAUCUGGUGCCUCAACCCGCGCUGCGACUCUGGCCAAAUCUACCAAGCGGGCUGUGAGCGAGCGAGAUGCCACGAAUGCAAGCACUCCCUGUGUGUACGGCACAACGUACCGUGGCAUAAAGGAGAAACCUGCGAAGAAUACGAGAAGCGCACCCGAAGGCAGCGGAAGAACGACAAGGCGUCUGAGAAGCACGUGAAAGAGAUCACUAAGCCUUGCCCCGGAUGCGAUAGGAAUGUGCACAAGUAUACGGGAUGUGAUCACGUGACAUGCAUCUGUGGUCAUGAGUGGUGCUGGCUGUGCUUCGGGAUGUAUUACCGCGACAACCAGGACUUCCUACAAUGUCAUCAUACGCGGGAGUGCCGGUACCACGACAACCCACCAAACUACGAGGGCGGUAGGGCCUUUAUGCCGUUCCUAAAUAUCAAUCCGGCGCCGCCGCCACCGCCCCUUUUCGUGCGAAGGAGGCCCCGAGAGCAGAGACCGCCGCCAGCAGUUCCGGCUCCUGAUCCGGCUCCCCAGGCUGGACCUGGUAACCGUCCGCUAAGACCUCGUCCCAACGCGCUGGACGGCGAGUUUGUAAAUAUAUUUAGACGCCACACGGAUCGCAAUCCGCGGAAUCCCUUUGAUCCCAACAUCAACAUCAAUCUGGUGCGGCCCCACCAAGACGACCCCGUGGGUCCCGACUUCUUUGAGGAGGCGAUGUUCUUCAACCUUGGACAUUUGAUGAACCGAGCGGGACGUGAUAGACCAGGACGCGAAGAAAUAUAGUUAGAUUUGGGUGCAAUAAUCAGGAGUUGGGCUUGGGUUUAGGGUCUGGGAAUAUCCGGCGGAUGGUCAUGUGCAAUUUUCGGUCAUAGAUGAUUCUCUAAGCCGUGGAGUUGAAGGGACAACUUCGAGGCUGCAUGGGUGUUUUGAGAUUACUCUGCAAUAUCUUCGCUUGCUAUUUCCGCCAUGGAAUGAUUUAUGCAUGUCUAUCGUUGAUGAAGAUUG